AUGGUUGUUUCCCAGGAGAAAAGGGAGAGGUUGAAGGACAGAGAUGUAAGAACUGCUCCUGAUUUAACGCGUUCAGCCGGACAUGCGCAACUUUACUCCCUAAUACCCCCUCCCCUUGCUAUCUUACCCUUGUCAACAAAAGAACCACUACUGUGCGUACUUCCGUUGAGAGAACACCCUUGGGAAUGUUCUGUGAAAAUCACCCGACUCGACGUCCGCCAGCUCCUCGCUCAGUUGGAAUAUGUCGACUACCAGAGAGCAGUAUGGGAAAUCUUGAACAAAUUAACGAGGGAACAAGUACAAGAAGGGCCGAUCUGGCGACAGGUGCAGUUUCUGUCCGUAAUCGGGCCCGCAGCUCUGCCCCCCGAACUCCUGGACAGGUACAACAAGCUAAUCAACGACAUGCUGUCCGUGUUGAACGGCGCCACCACCUGUGCAUACAAUGAACCAUUUCGAUGCGGUCUCCGGCUUGAACCAGAGCUGACCGUGGUCAUGGGACGGAGUAGAGACUGGGACGAAUUACAGCAAACUUGGAUAGAAUGGCGACGACUGACCGGUCAGAAGAUGCGUGAUCUGUUCGAGCAAGUCGUCGAACUCAGCAAUCAGGCAGCACAACUUAACCAUUUCAAGAAUGCUGCAGAGUAUUGGCUGUUUCCGUACGAGUCGCCAACUUUCCGGUACGAACUGGAAGGCGUCUGGGAGGAAGUUCGUCCCCUCUACGAACUGCUACACGCCUACGUCAGGCGAAAGCUACGAGACCUCUACGGGCCAGACAAACUCAGUCGCAAGGCACCACUUCCUGCGCAUAUUCUGGGUGACAUGUGGGGCCAGUCCUGGAGCAACAUACUGGACGUUACCAUUCCAUACCCAGGCAAGAACUUCCUCGACGUCACCACGGAAAUGGUUGAACAGGGCUAUACUCCAUUGACGAUGUUUCGGCUAGCAGAGGAGUUCUACGUGUCGCUCAACAUGAGCGUCUUGCCCCCCGAAUUCUGGAGUGGUUCAAUCAUUCAGCAACAACCAGACAGAGUCGUGAUCUGCCAGCCAUCCGCCUGGGACUUCUGCAACCGACGUGACUACAGAAUCAAAAUGUGCACGGAAGUAAACAUGAAAGAUUUUGUGACAGUGCAUCAUGAAAUGGGCCACUUACAAUACUUCCUGCAUUAUCGACAUCAGCCCAAAGUGUUUCGGGACGGUGCAAACCCUGGUUUCCAUGAAGCAGUUGGGGAAGCUGUAGCACUGUCCAUAGCAACCCCUCGACAUCUUCAGGACCUAGGUCUUGUCCAGAGUUCUGUGGACGACGUGCCACACAACAUAAACUCUCUAUUCUCUCUGGCCCUAGACAAAUUACCCUUCUUACCCUUCAGCUUAGUUAUGGAUGAAUGGCGAUGGGAUAUAUUUGAAGGCACCAUUACUUCAGAUCAGUACAACUGCCACUGGUGGAGGCUCAGAGAGAAGUUUUCUGGUAUAAAGCCGCCAGUCUUGAGGUCAGAAAUAGAUUUCGAUGCCGGAUCGAAGUACCACAUCGCAGCCAAUGUACCCUACAUUCGGGUUUUGGAACUGCUAUUUGAUUCUCAAAAUAAACAAGAUAAGUUUCGUGGACAUGUUCACGGACGAUCCAGAGGGACAUUUACUUAAACCGAUGGUUUCACC